AACUGCCCAAACCCCAGCGAGCUCUACACCUGCAACGUAGCCUGCGAUAGGUCACCCGCUUGCUUCAAUCAACCACACCGUCCCCGCUUGUAGUGAAUGGGCAGGGAAUGCCCGUGGCCUGCGAUCCGUCUUUCAGUCGACCCGGGGGCUCGGAGUCGCUGAACAAAAAGACAGAUUCGAGCAGUAGCAGGAAGACAUCCGAGGUGUCCUCCCCACAAAGUCCCGAUGGCGGAGCGAACCAAGUGAAUUCAGACGGCAACUCGACGUCGAGCGCUUCAAUGGCUCCAGGUCACCAGCAGUCGACGACAGCGACGACAACAGCGACGACGACAACCCCGACAUCAACAGCAACAACAACAACAACGGCAGCUACCGCACACACCCGACUAACUUCAUCCGUGCUGCGAGCUUACCAUCGACUCUUUAAGAGCUUCCGCAAAGCAUGGACCGGCGUGCGCUUCGACGAUGAAGUCGAGGCGAUCCCCCUCCCCGCACCUCGCCACCAACCUGAUCGCAUCGGGGACCUGCUCAAGAGGACCAAGUUUAACCGCAGUGAACUUAAGGUUAUGUACCAAGGCUUCAAACAGGUUUGUCCUAGCGGGCUUGUCGACGAAAAUACUUUCCGGGAUAUCUACGCUCAAUUCUUCCCCCAAGGAGACGCAACUCUGUACGCGCACUAUCUAUUUCUGGCGUUUGAUCAAGACCACAAUGGGACGGUUACUUUCCAUGACUUCGUCACUGGCUUGUCUGCCCUUUCGCGAGGGUCACCGCUGGAGAAGCUCCGAUGGACGUUCAAUUUGUACGACAUCAACGGAGACGGUUGCAUCACCAGAGACGAAAUGAUGGAAAUCAUACACUCAGUGUAUUCCCUGAAUGCAGACAACUCGCCCGAGGGACCGAACGGCACCAACGAGGUUCCACAACAACACGCUAACAGGGUUUUCCAGAAACUUGACGCCAACAAUGACGGCAUCGUCACCUUCGAUGAGUUCGUGUCAACCUGCUUGAGCGAUCAGAACAUAAUCAAGUCGCUCUCCAUCCUCGACACCGUCCUCUAA